AGUUAAUCAUGGAAACUGGGCUAUUCCUGUUUGUGCACUUCUAGCAGUCUUCUGUUGUAAAUAUUAAAAGGUAAUGACAAAAGGAUGAAAACCUUUCCUAAAAGGCGCAAACCAGCUAAUCCAUCAGAUCAUGUGAUUGCUACUGAUUACAUGGAUAUCUUUAGGGAAGCAGAAAAUGAUUGCUGAACACAUGCCUUGUGUUUUGAUGAUUGCAUUAAAAGUCCCCCCGUGGGAUGACAUUUAUUGGCUCCCAGAGCUUUUCUUAGAUUAAAUUUCAGACAUCCGGUACAAGGCGAAACAUCACAACGUGUAUCUAACAGCAUAUGUGCAGUUAAAGAAUAAUUUUGCUCAGGCCCUGCUAGGCUUUGCUAAAAAAAGAAAAAAAAACGAGGGUUUUCAGCAAGACCCCAGACUUUUAUUUUGAAGUGGAGUAGCAGCUGUUGGCUAUUGCGGUGCAGAGCUGCAGCGCGGCCUGGGUCACACAGUGCUCCCGGUGCCUGUAGGCUGCAGGCCGAGCCCAGUGGCGCAGGCACUGAGCUACACUUAUUUUGCUGUGAUAUUUGACCUCUUGGUUUGAAAGAGCUCCCUGGACCAUCUGAAUGGCUAUGGGAGAUGAUAAAAGCUUUGAUGAUGAGGAAUCAGUGGAUGGAAACAGGCCAUCAUCAGCUGCUUCAGCCUUCAAGGUUCCUGCACCUAAAACAUGUGGAAAUCCUGUCAACAGUGGGAGAAAGCCUGGUUCAGCAGGUGGCCCUAAGGUUGGAGGUGCUUCUAAAGAAGGCGGGGCUGGAGCGGUUGAUGAGGAUGACUUUAUAAAAGCUUUUACAGAUGUCCCUUCUGUUCAGAUCUAUUCCAGUCGAGAACUUGAAGAAACGUUAAAUAAGAUCAGGGAAAUUUUGUCAGAUGACAAACAUGACUGGGACCAGCGUGCCAAUGCACUUAAGAAAAUCAGAUCACUGCUUGUUGCUGGGGCUGCACAGUAUGAUUGCUUUUUCCAGCAUUUGCGUUUGUUGGAUGGAGCACUUAAGCUGUCUGCUAAGGACCUCAGAUCCCAGGUGGUCAGAGAAGCUUGCAUCACUGUUGCCCACCUUUCAACGGUUUUGGGAAACAAGUUUGAUCACGGCGCUGAAGCCAUUGUACCUACACUUUUUAAUCUUGUUCCCAAUAGUGCAAAAGUCAUGGCAACUUCUGGAUGUGCAGCAAUCAGAUUUAUUAUUCGGCAUACCCAUGUCCCUAGACUUAUACCUUUAAUAACAAGCAACUGCACGUCAAAAUCAGUUCCUGUGAGGAGGCGUUCCUUUGAAUUUUUAGAUCUGUUGCUGCAAGAGUGGCAGACUCAUUCACUGGAAAGACAUGCAGCUGUCUUGGUUGAAACUAUUAAGAAGGGAAUUCAUGAUGCUGAUGCUGAGGCCAGAGUGGAGGCAAGAAAGACAUACAUGGGUCUUAGAAACCACUUUCCUGGUGAAGCUGAAACGUUAUAUAAUUCCCUUGAGCCGUCGUAUCAGAAAAGCCUUCAAACUUACCUAAAGAGUUCUGGCAGUGUAGCAUCUCUUCCACAGUCAGACAGGUCCUCAUCCAGCUCACAAGAGAGUCUCAAUCGUCCUUUUUCUUCUAAAUGGUCUACAGCGAAUCCAUCAACUGUGGCUGGAAGAGUAUCGGUGGGAGGCAGCAAAGCCAGCUCCCUUCCAGGAAGCCUGCAGCGUUCUCGAAGUGACAUUGAUGUGAACGCCGCAGCUGGUGCCAAAGCGCAUCAUGCCGCUGGACAAGCUGUACGAAGUGGGCGCUUAGGCGCAGGUGCCCUGAAUCCAGGUUCCUAUGCAUCACUUGAGGAUACUUCUGACAAGAUGGAUGGAACAGCAUCUGAAGAUGGUCGGGUGAGAGCCAAGCUCUCUGCACCACUUGCUUCUGUGGGGAAUGCCAAGACUGAUUCUAGAGGAAGAAGCCGGACAAAAAUGGUGUCUCAGUCUCAGCGUUCAUCAUCACCUGACAAAAAUGAAGGAUCACAAUCUGCUAAUACCAUUGGUGCUGGCAGCCGUUCUGGGUCUCCAGGAAGAGUUCUAACCACAACAGCCCUCUCUACUGUGAGCUCUGGUGCUCAACGAGUCCUGGUCAGCUCAGCUUCAGCACAGAAGAGAAGCAAGAUACCAAGGAGCCAGGGCUGCAGCCGAGAGGCCAGCCCCUCUAGGCUUUCAGUGGCCCGGAGCAGUCGUAUUCCUCGACCCAGUGUGAGUCAAGGCUGUAGCCGGGAAGCCAGUCGAGAGAGCAGCAGGGACACGAGCCCAGUCCGCUCUUUCCAGCCUCUUGCCUCCAGACACCAUUCCAGAUCCACUGGUGCCCUCUACGCCCCCGAUGUGUAUGGGGCCUCAGGUCCGGGAUAUGGGAUCAGCCAGUCAAGCCGAUUGUCAUCCUCCGUCAGUGCCAUGCGAGUCCUGAACACAGGCUCCGACGUGGAGGAAGCGGUCGCUGAUGCCUUGCUCUUAGGAGACAUACGGACUAAGAAAAAACCUGCUCGAAGAAGAUAUGAGUCAUAUGGAAUGCACUCCGAUGAUGAUGCCAACAGCGAUGCUUCUAGUGCGUGUUCAGAACGCUCCUAUAGUUCUCGAAAUGGUAGUAUUCCUACCUACAUGAGACAGACAGAAGACGUGGCAGAAGUCCUCAACAGAUGUGCUAGCUCCAAUUGGUCGGAAAGGAAAGAAGGCCUCCUGGGUCUGCAGAACUUGUUAAAAAACCAGAGAACGCUAAGUCGAGUUGAACUGAAAAGAUUAUGUGAAAUUUUCACAAGAAUGUUUGCUGAUCCUCAUGGCAAGAGAGUGUUCAGCAUGUUCUUGGAGACUCUAGUAGAUUUCAUACAAGUCCACAAAGAUGAUCUUCAGGAUUGGUUGUUUGUACUGCUGACACAGCUGCUGAAAAAAAUGGGUGCUGAUUUGCUUGGGUCUGUUCAGGCAAAAGUUCAGAAAGCCCUUGAUGUUACAAGAGAAUCCUUUCCAAAUGAUCUUCAAUUUAAUAUCCUAAUGAGAUUUACAGUUGACCAGACCCAAACACCAAGCUUGAAGACAGUCAAGCCAGCACUCCGGGACCAGCUUCACUGUUUUUGGAGCUCAAAGGUGAAGGUUGCUAUCCUUAAGUACAUAGAAACUCUGGCCAAGCAGAUGGACCCAGGAGAUUUUAUAAAUUCCAGUGAGACUCGCCUGGCAGUGUCUCGGGUCAUCACUUGGACGACAGAGCCCAAAAGUUCUGAUGUUCGAAAGGCAGCACAGUCAGUGCUGAUUUCUUUAUUUGAACUCAAUACCCCGGAGUUCACAAUGUUACUAGGAGCUUUACCAAAAACUUUCCAAGAUGGUGCUACUAAACUUCUUCACAACCACCUUCGAAACACUGGCAAUGGGACCCAGAGUUCCAUGGGAAGUCCUUUGACAAGACCAACACCUCGAUCACCAGCCAACUGGUCCAGUCCUCUUACUUCUCCUACCAACACAUCCCAGACUACAUUAUCUCCAAGUGCAUUUGAUUACGACACAGAAAACAUGAAUUCUGAAGACAUUUACAGCUCCCUUAGAGGUGUCACUGAGGCAAUUCAGAAUUUCAGCUUCAGAAGCCAAGAAGAUAUGAGCGAACCACUGAAGAGGGACCCUAAAAAAGAGGAUGGUGACACAAUGUGUGGCCCUGGAAUGUCAGAUCCACGAGCAGGAGGUGAUGCCACUGACUCCAGCCAGACAGCUCUUGAUAAUAAAGCAUCUUUGCUCCAUUCAAUGCCAGUUCACUCCUCUUCACGCUCUCGUGACUAUAAUCCAUAUAACUAUUCAGAUAGCAUCAGUCCCUUCAACAAGUCUGCCCUCAAGGAAGCCAUGUUUGAUGAUGACGCUGACCAGUUUCCUGACGAUCUUUCCUUAGACCAUUCUGACCUAGUUGCAGAGCUGUUGAAGGAGCUGUCUAACCACAAUGAACGUAUAGAAGAAAGAAAAAUUGCCCUCUAUGAACUCAUGAAGCUAACCCAGGAAGAAUCUUUCAGUGUUUGGGAUGAACACUUCAAAACAAUAUUGCUGUUAUUGCUUGAGACUCUUGGGGACAAAGAGCCAACAAUCAGGGCUUUGGCAUUAAAAGUUUUAAAAGAAAUCUUAAGGCAUCAACCAGCAAGAUUCAAAAACUAUGCAGAGCUGACCGUCAUGAAAACAUUGGAAGCACACAAAGACCCUCAUAAAGAGGUGGUGAGGUCUGCUGAGGAAGCUGCCUCCGUGUUGGCUACUUCAAUUAGUCCAGAGCAGUGCAUCAAAGUGCUUUGUCCAAUCAUACAAACUGCUGACUACCCAAUUAAUCUGGCUGCAAUCAAAAUGCAAACAAAAGUGAUAGAGAGAGUAUCCAAGGACACCCUUAACAUGCUUUUACCAGAGAUCAUGCCGGGUCUAAUACAGGGUUACGAUAACUCAGAAAGCAGUGUCCGGAAAGCUUGUGUCUUCUGCCUGGUAGCUGUUCAUGCGGUGAUUGGUGAUGAACUAAAGCCUCAUCUCAGUCAACUCACCGGCAGUAAAAUGAAGUUGCUGAACCUGUACAUCAAGCGUGCACAAACGGGCUCUGCAGGAGCUGACCCCACUGCUGAUGUUGCUGGACAGGGCUAGUGCUGCAGGUGGAGCCUCCCAGGUCUCCGAAGAGACAGCUGCCCCCCUCAUCCAGGACAGGAAACUCUCAAGUCCAGCUUUCGGGACAGAGCUACCAGUUCCCAGUUCUAGUUUUUUGUUUUGUUCCGUUUUGUAUUUUCUGUAACAGAGGGUGUCCUCAGUCUGCAUGUAACUUUACGAUAAUUAUUCCAAAUUCAGGAAAAGCAGUAUUAACAUCAGUUGAUCAGUACAAAGUAAUUUUUUAAUCUAAUUCACCAUUUCACAUGUUUGUACUUCUUUGUCUUCCCACUAACCUUUGCCAGUGUUAUGAUUGUAUACAUUUUUAAAAUGCUGGUUAAACAGGAAUGCUUCAGGCUUUAAAAGUUUAACAGUCUAAACUUUUUUUUUUUUUGCUUUUAUUCAACUGCAGAAGAAUAUUUUUAUUGCUACCUUGAGUUUCGUUCCGUAUCAUGUCCUAUGCUAGAAAUAUUGACAAUGACGUGAGACAAAGCAGGGCUACUUGUGACUCAGCCAGACUGUUGAUGUGGCGGUGGUACGUGUCAUUAGCUGCGACUUCUUUGGGAUGACCUCAAAGAGAAAUGUCCUAGAAUCAGCCAGUUCUGUAAGACUGAGCGUGUCUGUGGGUUCUGAUCUCAACACCUUUAUGUCAAGCCGUGCCCCUUCUCUGACCCCGUAAGAAAGCUGCACCAAAUCACCUGCCUGGGUGUCCAUGGGAAUAGGAAAAUGGAUGGUUUUGUUGCAGAGCUUUUUGGUUUAUCUUUGUUGUGAAUGAUGCUUUUGUUGUAUUUAUUAAUAUCAGAUUCACUUAUGAAUAGACUUGAUAAUGGAAACAGAUGAAAAAAUCAAGUGCAUGUGUGUCUGACUGUCCUCUGUUUCUCAAUUGAUAAACUAAUUAUUGACAUGGGAGUCAACCAGCACCUUUUUGUUGAAUGAUGGAACCUGGUUUCCUUUGACCAUGAAAUUGUCUUAUGAAAACACUGGUCCUGAUGAGAGAGAAGAUGGUGCCGGGCCCUGUACAAUGGGCUCCCAUUUUCUACCUCUUCAGGGCUGACACUUUAACUGACCCGCUGCCUGGAGCUUCUUGGAAAACUACUUUAAGGUGAUGUUUUGUUACUUUUUAACAUUUUUUUAAUCACCUCUGCUAAAGCUAUUAUUUUUAUGUGCAGCCAACUUUCAAAUAUUACCAGUUUGGGUAAAAGACCAAAUUAGGUAAUUUGGAACCAGGAUACUAUUGAUUUCUCAUCUUGACUUUUUUUUUUUUUUCUUUUUUUAAAUCCUAACAUAAGGUGAAUUUGACUGGAAAGCAAAUGGCUGUUAGGGAAGCAGUUUGCUAUUGUUACAGAGUUAUCUAUACUUUGUUCAGCUGAAAACAAUGUAGAAAUGUAUGUAAAGAACUUAAGCCAAGAGAACUGGACGGAUGAUUGGUUGUAGGCUUUUCCCUCCCCUUGUUUUUGUUCUGUUCCAGCAGAAGAAAAAGAUAUUGCUCCAUAUCCUCUCCUACCUGUAACACUUUUGUUUUCUACUGUUAAUGACAUUGUGUAUUUAUAGUUCUAUGCUUACUGUUGUGCAUAUACUGGCAAUAAAACUGUACAUAACAUUACUUGAAAACCUUAA